GCGCGGAGGGGUGGGCGGGCCGGCGGCGGCGGAGCGGGAGCCGCCAUGCCCGCGAUGUACAAGGUGCGGCCGCUGCACAGCGCCGGGGUGCUGGCGGAGCACCUGCCCAGCUGCAUGUACCCCCUGCCCAACCUGCACCGCGCCCCCGGCACCGCCGCGCCGCCGCAGGAAGAGGUUGACCCAUCACUUCAGGCACUUGAAUCCCGCCAGGAGGAGAUCCUGAAGCGCUUGUAUGAACUGAAGAGUGCUGUGGAUGGGCUCUCCAAGAUGAUACACACCCCAGAUGCUGACUUUGAUGUAACAAAUGUCAUUCAAACUGAUGAAUUUUCUCCUUUGACAACAAAUGGAGCAGAUUUAGAUCUGAUGCUUGGAAAGGAUUACGGAGCCCUGAAAGAUGUUGUCAUCAAUGCAAAUCCUUCUCUACCUCCACUGUCACUGUUAGUGAUACACAGUCUGCUGUGUGAACGGUACAAAAUAUUAUCAGCUGUUCACACACAUUCAUCAGUGAAAAGUGUGCCAGAAAACCUCUUGAAGUGCUUUGGAGAGCACACUAAGAAGCAGGCACGUCAUGAGUAUCAGUUGGGCUUUACUCUGAUUUGGAAAGAUGUUCCCAAACCCCAGAUGAAGUUCAGCAUUCAAACCAUGUGCCCCAUAGAAGGAGAGGGGAACAUCGCUCGCUUUCUCUUUUCCCUGUUUGGGCAGAAGUACAAUGCAGUUACCUCAACUCUGAUCGACAGCUGGGUGGACACAGCCAUCUUCCAGCUGAAGGAGGGCAGCAGCAAGGAGAGAGGAGCAGUGCUGCGCUCCAUGAACGCUGCCCUGGGCAAGAGCUCGUGGCUGGUGGGCAGUGAACUGACGCUGGCCGACGUGGUGGCGUGGAGCGCGCUGCAGCAGACGGGCUCUGCCAACAGCGCCCCGGCCAACGUGCAGAAGUGGAUCAAGUCCUGUGAGAACCUGGCCCCUUUCAGCUCUGUGAUGAAGCUGCUCAAGUGAGCCUGUACCCUUCACAGUGAUGUUGUUUUAAUCUUACUCCACCUCAUGCCUGCUGUAAUGUUUGAGUCCUUUCUGAGAUGUAUUUUAGGUAUUACAGUUGGACAGAAUCCUAAAAUAAUAAAAGCAUUACAGCUGCC